CUUGCCCCUCUUUCCCCCGCAUAUUUACCACCCCCUGCCAUUGGGGGUCCUUCUCCACGUGUACUCCACUCGCAAGCGGUACUUGUUAGGAAGGUACGCUGUAGGUGGUCUCUUCCUACCUCCCCGGCGGCCGGCUCCGGUGCCGGCCGUCAGAUCUCCGAUGCCGCACACGACAGGGAGGAGGCGGCGGCAGCACGACCACUGCCACAUGAGGAGGAGGAGGAGGAUGAUUUGGCGGCUGUGACGUGCGGCACCGACCAUUGCAACGAGGAGAGACUGCGUGCAACCGUGCGAGGAGUGAGCUUCUUCAACAACUCGUGCGGCCUUGUUGAAUAACAACAAAUAACGAGCAAUCAUGCCUCUGAGAUUAAUAAAAAAGGCAGCAGCAGCAAGCUUCCAGGAUCGAUCAAUCAGUUGGCAAGACAGCGAACGACGGCGGCGUCCUGGUUCUGGGCUUGGAACCUUGGCAAUCUCCUUCCCCACCUCUCCUCCUACCUCCAAAUCCUUUGCUUAGCUUCUAGAGUCUUUUAGCCCCUUGUAUCCUUCCACCUUCCACCUCAAAACCUUCCACUAUUGUAAUAGAAAUCAGUGGCUUCUUGUAUUGGAUUCGCACUGCUACUUCUGAGUUUGCUAUUGUUCCAAGCGAGAUAACUGGGAUCCUAACAAUCUGGUAUCAGAGCCACCAUUCCCCCACCAAAUUCCACCAUGAGUGACCAAGAGUGCUUGGAGGCCAAUCAUAGGCUAGAGGAGAAGAUCGAUCUGAUUUUGAAGAAGUUGAAUGAGAUAGAAGCUAACAGGAGCAAGUUCUUCGAGGAGAUGAGCGCCUCCAUCAAGGCGACCACUACUGUCCUCACGGCUGCAUCACAUCCUCCACUCCAGGCACCACCUUCUUCGACGCCCACCACCUGUUUGAUGAAGUGCUCCAACGACGAUCGUCCUUGGGCGACGUCGAGCUCAGGCCACAUCGACAAGGAGACUGCUCCGACAGUUGCCCUAGACCUUGGGGAUGGCGAGGACAAGGUUCAUGACCCCUGCAUCGUCACCAAGGACUCAUCCAAGGUCACGCCCACCAUGUGUUCGAUGAAAUGCUCCAGCCCCGAUACUAAGCCCGAUCUCACCAUGGUUGCGGAGGUUACCUACGCCAGCGCAGCCACUGCCUCUAUGGAGUUGGUAACUGCUCAGGAAACCAUUGGUGCCAUGUACAGCGACACCUCUGACCAUUCCAAGGUGAUGCACACCAAGUGUUUGACGGUUGUCCUCGAUGCCAUUGGUGACACCGGUCAAGCUAUGGUUGUGUUCCAGACCUGGACAGAUGCAUUUAAGGACGAUCCAACCUCCGUUCAGUUCAUGGACUUUUUCUCAUCAAGUAUGAUGGCUAACAUCAAGUGGAACACACCAAUGCCCACUAAGUGUUCGGUACAGUGCCUUGGGCAUGGCAGCAUGGCAUUGAUGCCUACAAACCCUUUUGAUGUUAAUCCAUGGCCACCUCCUACUCUAGAAAAAUAUAGAAGUCAAGCAGUUGUGCAUAUGUUGUUAUUUGAGACACUAUUCAAUGAGGAGCUAAGGUUGGAGAGAAUUGAAUUGAAGCCAUGGCCACCUCCAACCUACGAUGGAGUAAUUAGUGGAUGGGAUUCACAGCCUAUGGCUGGUCCAAAAUUCAAACUCUAUUGGGCAAGAGUACGUCGUUUGCCACCUUGGCCGCCACCUAUCGAAGUAAGUUGUCUUGCAUUGGUGUGUCAUGACAAUGUAAUGAUUUUCACUGAGCUGAAGGAUAUUAAUUUGCAUUGGGGUGAGCUGAAACCAUGGCCCCCACCAAGUCAAACAAACUUCAAAAAUAUUAUGGUUCAGCCCGAGCAAUGCAAGUAUUGGAAAAUUAGAGUAGAAAUGAGUAUAUUUGCUAGGAAGGAGAAGUGGAAUUUACUUAAUCAGAAAAGUUGCACAAUGGUUGCAAUAUCUAGCUUGAAGGAGCAUGUCAAUGGGCAAGAACAGAUCUGGUGUAGACCUUGGAAUCCUAGUGACUACAAGGUCUCCCCUGACAUAAUUAUGUUGAUUACUUCGUCCGUACUGCACCCCUAUCAUUUGGACCAUAUUGUUAGCCUUACAUAUCCUGAAGGUUUGGACACUCUAGUUAGUCAUAAGGUGGUUCAGUUUGGGAGGGCUGAUACUGCAUGCAGUCAUCAAAAUAGACAUACAAUUGUUAGGACAACAGGGACAUUUGUUAGGCCUGAGCUUGGUACUGGGAAUGGUACACACAUAUUACUUGUUUCAGAGGCAGAAGCUGGAUAUGUGUCCAUAAGGAAUUUGCUUGAACUGACAAGGAAUGCUAGGCAGUGGCAUAAUUCCAUGGUUGAGUAUUUGUCAUGGUUUGUGGAUGCAUGGAUGGUUGCCAAACAUGCAAGUAAUUUUGGUUGGUAUCUUAGUUGGGCUUCCCAAAUUAAAAAUAUGGUGAAGAAUUUGUUGCGACAGGCAAAUAGGGCCAGCAAUUUUGACACUUCUAUACUUGAGAUGAACACACAUGUUCAGAAACAUUCAGCUUAUACUCAAGUGCAUAGCAGAGCUGAGGUAGUUACUGUUAAACCUGAAACAAAGGAGCUAUUGAACGCUGAACUCUAGUCCUUUGCUAUGCUUGUCAGCAACAAGAUUGAGGACAAUGAUUUUGUAUUGCUGCUUCUGAAACAUCUCACUUCCUUAAGAUUGAUAGCUAAGAUUGCAUUGAUCAUGCCAUGGGAUCUAGCUGAAAGCGAAGGACAAAUUUAUAAAGCUUUUGGGACAGUACAAGUGUGCAAUAUAAAUCAAGAGUGGAGCUUUGCAAGUUCAAAAGUUUAUUUGAUAUCGACUUGCGGACAAGUCGAAUUUCAAGGAGAGGGGAUUGUUAGGAUCCGUGGGCUGUACGUGGGCCAAUUCAGCUGCUACGCUUACAAAGGCCCAAUCAUGUCUAUGAGAUUAAUACAAAAAAGGCAGCAGCAACAAGCUUCCAAGAUCGAUCAAUCAGUUGGCAAGACGGCGAACGGCGACAGCGUCCUGGUUCUGGGCUUGGAACCUUGGCGAUCUCCUUCCCCACCUCUCCUCCUACCUCCAAAUCCUUUGCUUAGCUUCUAGAGUCUUUUAGCCCCUUGUAUCCUUCCACCUUCUACCUCAAAACCUUCCACUAUUGUAAUAGAAAUCAGUGGCUUCUUAUAUUGGAUUCGCACUGCUACUUCUGAGUU